AUGACCGGCAUCAUCGACCUCGCGCUGUAUGACCUCUGGCGGUGCGAGACCAAACAUGGGCACCGGCUCUGGGGUCCACUGAAGACCCCGGAGGUUCUCGAGGGCAGACCGGCCGGGGCCAAGGACGCGGCGAUCCAGGGUCUUCCGAACGAGGUGCUUCGCAUGAUAUUCAAGCUUGUAGAGCGCCCGGUGGACAAGCUGGGCCUGGCCAUGACUUGCAGGCAGCUCUUCAGGGUCGCAUCCGACUUCGACGUGUCGAUACCCAGCGCCGCAAAGCAUCGCGACGACGGCGGGGACUGCCCCGGCAUGCUCCGGGUUCUGCACCGUGUGCGGCCGGUCGACGCUCGCAAGAGGGUGAAUAGUUCAUGGGCCCUCUGCUGCGACUGCUACUCCCAUCGCCCCAGGAAGAAGGCCUACUGGCUCACCAAGGGGAAGAAGUAUCAAGUCCAUGUGACGUCGGGCUGCGGCGUUCAGGAGUUGUACGGCAAGAUAGUGAAGGACUGGUGUCUUAGGGGUUCGUCCUCGUAUCAAUGCCCUGAGUGUUGGUGCAAGGAGCACUUGGAUCAAUAUGGACAUCCCAAGGACUGUGAGAUGUGUGGCUAA